UUGUCAAUGUCAAAAAACUGCCAUACGAAAUGUGCGCAUGUUUGUUAUGGUUAUUAUUUGUGCAUUAUUAAAGUUUAUUUAAAUAAUUCUACUGUAGUGCAUUUUAGUUGGUUGUAUUGCAUUUUUUUCUUAUAUUACCUUAGUACCUAAUUCAUCGAUUAUAAAAUACAGUUUGUGUAAAAAAUGGUACGGGCACUAAAAUUUCAUGAGAAAAAGUUACUGAAAAAAGUAGAUUUUAUAUCAUGGAAGGUUGAUAAUAAUUUAAACGAAGUGAAGGUGAUGAAAAAGUACUUCAUACAGAAGCGUGAAGACUAUACAAUGUACAAUGUGCUCGCUAGGGAUAUAAGAAAUAUUGCCAAUAAAAUCAAAGAUUUGGAUGCAGGAUCAAACUUCAGAACAAUAUCAAGUGGACGUCUUUUAGAGAAGUUGUAUCAAAUGGGACUUAUACCAACGCGAUGGGAUUUAGCUCUAGCUUCAAGUGUCUCUGCCAGUUCAUUUUGUCGGCGAAGACUGCCUGUUGUCAUGCUUCGAAAUAAAAUGUCAGAGAAUUUAAAGGAAGCAACAAAAUUGAUAGAACAAGGUCAUGUGAGGGUUGGUGCCCAACUUGUAAAGAACCCAUCCUUUCUUGUCACAAGAGCAUUGGAAGAUUUUGUCACAUGGGUAGAUUCUUCAGCAAUUAAGAAACAUAUUAUGGAGUACAAUGAUAUGAGAGAUGAUUUCGACAAUAUAUAGUAAACAGAACUUAUGACAUCAUUAUUAAUAUUUUUAAGUUAAGUUUAAAUAAAGUAUGCAUAAGCUGUUUUCGUGUUUAUUUCCUAA